GGAGGCAGCGGAGAGACAGUUGGAAAAGAUUACCAAAAGUGUUAAUGAUCACGGUUUACGCAGCCUAAGGACUAAAGGCACGGGGAACAACCAACAAAGGGACAGGGGGUCAAAAAGUAAAAAUAUGUACAAACAGGUGGAGAGCGGGAGUCGUGUGUUUAUGCCAAGAGAUUCUAUCAUAUUAGCCAUGGAGACGUUAAACCGCAUGGUCGGUCUGUUACCAUAUAAUCUCUCACUGGAGUUGGUGAUGGCUGUGGAAGCGGGGCUCGGGGAAUUACCCGCCUUCUCCUUCUUAUCUUCCCCUACCCCUGUGUGUGAAGACCCCAUGUCGUUUCUGCAGAGUGUUUGUCAUACUGUUAUAGUCCAAGGAGUUUCUGCUAUGAUGGCUUUCCCUCAGACCAGGGACGACCUGGUGAAGUUGGAAUUCAUCGCGUCAGCGCUUCAGAUUCCUGUCAUCAGUGUUGUCCAGAACGAAUUCAAACGGCAGAGUAAGAACCCUCUCCAUUUCCAGAUGCCGAUGCAGAACCCGGCCCUGCCCCAGGUGGAGCUGCUCUACUCCCUGCUGGUGAUCAACAGCUGGUAUGACGUCAGCCUCCUGCUCUGUCAGGAAUGUAAUGUUUCCAGCUUCCUGGUUCGUCUCCGUAACAACACCAAGUUCCACCUGGGUUCUGUGGUCAACAUCACCAACUCCAGCACCUCGCCCAACUCUCACCCUAACAGCUCCGUCUCCAAGGCCGACUUCCAGACCUCUCUACGGGGAUACCUGGAGUCCAUCAAGGAGUCAACAUCUACAGUCGUAACAUUCGGCUGCGACAUCCGGGACAUCAAGAGGAUCUUUAACGUGGUGACCAAGCUGGGCCUGAUGCUGCCAGAGUACCACUGGGUGUUGGGGGACACGCAGGACGUUGAGGAGCUGAGGACCGAGGGGCUGCCGGCGGGACUGCUGGCCCAUGGCAGGAUGGGGACUCCCUCCCUGGAUCACUACGUACAGGAUGGGCUGGAGCUGGUGGCCCGGGUGGUGGGGUCAGCUGCGUACCGCUCCCCUGAGCUCGCCCUCAUCCCCUCCAUCACCAACUGCAUGGAUACACAGAACAGCCAGACCAGGAACAUGACCUCAGGGAAAUAUCUGUCCAGGUUUCUGUCCAACACGUCUUUUGACGGUCUGAGUGGUUUCAUCUCGUCCCAGGAGGAGACAGUGAUCUCUUCUGAGAGCCAUCACUUUAUCUGGUCCCUGCAAUACGACCCCAUAGGGAAGCCCAUGUGGGCCAGGCUGGGCCGAUGGAAGCAUGGCAGGGUGCUACUGGACUACACUGCCUGGACCAACCAACAGCCGUCCCACCAGAGAGGUGACUGGCGGCGCCCGUCGCGGCUCCACCUCCGGGUGGUGACGUUAGUGGAACACCCCUUCGUCUUCACCCGGGAGGUGGAUGAGGACGGUCUCUGUCCCGCUGGUCAGCUCUGCCUGAACCCCCUCACCAACAACACAGCCCUUCUCCAGUCUCUCUUCCUCCAGAUGCGGGGGCCCAACGACAGCAUUCCCAUGGAGUAUAAGAAGUGUUGCUACGGCUACUGCGUCGAUCUACUGGAGAAACUGGCGGAGGACAUGGGGUUUGAUUUCGACCUGUAUAUUGUAGGCGACGGCAAGUACGGUGGGUUUAAGAACGGACGCUGGACAGGGCUGGUGGGGGAUCUUCUCAGCGGAGCGGCCCACCUGGCCGUCACAUCUUUCAGUAUUAACUCGGCCCGGAGCAGGGUUAUAGACUUCACCUCCCCGUUCUUCUCCACCUCUCUGGGCAUCCUGGUACGGACCCGGGAUACGGCCGCGCCCAUCGGGGCAUUCAUGUGGCCCCUGCACUGGUCCAUGUGGCUGGGGAUAUUCGUCUCGCUACACGUUACUGCCGUGUUCCUGACCAUCUACGAGUGGAAUAGCCCGUUUGGGAUGACGCCGCGAGGCAGGAACAGAGAUAAGGUGUUCUCCUUCUCCUCGGCUCUGAACGUCUGCUAUGCCAUCCUGUUUGGCCGUACAGCUGCCAUUAAACCUCCUAAGUGCUGGACGGGGCGGUUCCUCAUGAAUCUCUGGGCUAUCUUCUGCCUGUUCUGUCUGUCCACCUACACAGCCAAUCUGGCCGCCGUCAUGGUGGGGGAGAAAACCUUCCAGCAACUCUCAGGAAUACACGAUCCAAAGCUUCAUCACCCAUCACAGGGGUUCCGCUUCGCCACGGUCCGGGAGAGCAGUGCCGAGGAUUACCUGAAGAAAAGCUUUCCAGAGAUGCACGAAUACAUGAGACGGUACAACGUACCAGCAACCCCAGAUGGAAUAGAACAUCUGAAGCAUGAUCCACAGCAACUUGAUGCUUUCAUCAUGGACAAGGCCUUACUAGACUACGAGGUGUCUAUAGAUGCAGAAUGCAAGACACUCACUGUGGGGAAACCGUUCGCGAUUGAAGGUUAUGGCAUCGGCCUGCGCCAGAACUCUCCCCUGUCGUCUAACAUCUCAGAGCUGGUGAGCCAGUACAAGUCAGACGGCUUCAUGGAUAUGUUGCAUGACAAGUGGUAUAAGGUGGUGCCCUGUGGAAAACGUAGCUUCGCCGUCACUGAGACCUUACAAAUGGGCAUCAAGCAUUUCUCAGGCCUGUUUUUGAUGCUGUGUGUCGGGCUGGGUCUGUCUCUCCUCACCACCCUGGCUGAACACAUCAUCUACCGCUUUGUCAUACCCAGAGUCAAGGACCCCAAGUUCAAGUACUGGCUGCAUACUAGUCAGAGAUUACACCGAGCUAUGAACAUAUCUUUCAACGACGAUAAACUGCAGACUGUGGCCAAGAAGGAAAAAAGGUGCAACGUGGGUAACCACCACCAACAACAACAGGAGCAGCCAUGCGUACCAUGGAACAGCUCAGAGUCCAACUGCAACUGCAACAGAAGGAAGCUGUCUCCUCAGGAGUCCCAUCUGGAGUACCCCCACUGUGAUUGCCCUCUUCUUCCUCCUCCUCGGAGCCCCCUACAGGCCACCUCUAACGGGAGGACAGAACUGGUCCAGGUGGGUCUAAAAACCAGGACCAACCCCAUGCUGCAGGAGCUGUCAGAGCUGGAGACACACAUUACCAUCAUCAAACAGCAGCUGCACAUCGCCAUGAAGAAGAAGAGGGAGCUGGAGCAGUACCAGCAGACACAUAACAUGACAGAGUAG